AUGGGUGUGGACAAGGCGUCUAACUCCAUUUCCACCUCACAAUGCGACGACCAACAUAGCAACAACAAAAUCAACUCACUUGUGCGUUUGAAUGUCUACGAUCUCACCCCUGUCAAUAACUACUUCUACUGGUUUGGAUUUGGCAUCUUUCAUUCUGGCAUUGAAGUGCAUGGUAAGGAGUAUGGAUUUGGAGCCCAUGAUUUCCCAGCUAGUGGAGUUUUUGAAGUGGAGCCAAGGAAGUGCCCUGGAUUCAUAUAUAGAUGUUCCAUCACUUUGGGUCAAACCAAUAUGAAUGCUUCUCAGUUCCGUACAUUUAUUGAAAGCAUGGCUUCCGAGUAUCAUGGGGAUACCUAUCACCUUAUAACUAAGAACUGCAAUCAUUUUACAGAGGAUCUCUCCAAUAGAUUGACUGGGAAACAAAUCCCAGGUUGGGUGAAUCGGCUUGCUAAGCUAGGUGCUUUGUGCAGUUGUCUACUUCCUGAAAGUCUUCAAGUAACAAGUGUUAAACAGCUACCUGAAUACCAUGAAUGUUCGGAAGAUGAAUUUGUUGAAUCUAUUUCACCUGCCACACCCCGCGAGUCAACAGAAAUAGAUGACGAGCAAGAAAAACCCCUUCUUUCAUCAUCAACUGCAACUGAGGAUGUUACUUUCGUUAGAGAAAGCCAAGCAAAAUAA